GGGAGGGAGGGAGGAAGGGGAGGGAAGGGGAGGAGAGAAGACAAGCCGAAGCAAAAAAGGGUAGAAGAGUGUGCUGGCGCGCGAGGGAGCUGCGGGAUAGAGUUGGUCCUGCAGUUAGAGAAGUUGGGUCCCGGGGUGCAGAGCCAGCCCACCCACCACCACUCCCCGCGGGGUCCUUGCUCUGGGCCAGGCCCUGGCCUGCAGGAGGAGACUGAUCCGGAAUAGCCUGCGGGAUUAUAGACUCUACUCUCUUGCCCCGCCAGAGCUGAGAGGUGGGUGGCGGCGGCGGCUGUGGCGGCGGGGACAGAGAGAGCCGUGCGGUAGUUGGUACCCUCCAUGCAACAGGGCAGCCUUUGGAAGGGAUGGUAGCAGCUGAGCCCGGGCCAUUGCAAACACAGCAGCAGCGGCGGCAGAGGCGGCGGCUGCACCCUUCCCCCUCCUCUGCCUCGGUGGGGACUGCGAGUUCGCAGGGUCCCGCGCGGCGGGAAUGAGGCUUCGUCUCCUUGGACUGGUCCUCUGCACUUCGGCUCUGGUAGCACAGUUCCGAUCCCCCAGUCCUGGGGGCAAGUGUGGCUUGGCUCUCCAACUCCAGGGGUGAGAGCGAAUCUGGGGCUUUCACCGUGGUUGGCGUCUCCUCACGGGAUCCAUCCCUAGCCUAGCUUAGCCCAGUCGGGCCCCGGGAGCUGGGAGCCCCGGAUCGGCUCCCUCACACCCCUCACCAUGUUCCGAAGGCUGUGGUCUCUUUCCUCCUGCUUCCUAGUGUUCUGCACCCUCCUGCCCCAGAGCCCAGGUCUCAACAUCUGUACAAGUGGGAGUGCCACCUCCUGUGAAGAGUGUCUGCUCAUCAACCCAAAAUGUGCUUGGUGUUCCAAGGAGGAUUUUGGUAAUCAGAGGUCAAUCACUUCCCGGUGUGAUCUGAAGGCAAAUCUCCUCAAACUUGGUUGUGGAGGUGAACUGGAGAGCCCAGAUAGCAGCAUCACUGUCCUGAAAAACCUUCCUCUGAGCAUCAAGGGCUCCAGCCCUUCCAAUGCAGAUGUCAUUCAGAUGACGCCCCAGAAGAUCUCCAUGAAUCUUCGGCCUGGUGACAAGACUCCCUUCCGAGUCCAAGUGCGACAGGUGGAGGAUUACCCUGUGGACCUCUACUAUUUGAUGGACCUCUCCCUGUCCAUGAAGGAUGAUUUAGACACCAUUCUCAAUCUGGGCACCAAGCUGGCUGAGGAGAUGAGGAAGCUCACCAGCAAUUUCCGUUUGGGUUUUGGCUCUUUCGUAGACAAAAACAUCUCCCCCUUUUCCUACACUGCACCGAGAUACCAAACCAAUCCAUGCAUUGGUUACAAGUUGUUUCCAUACUGCGUCCCAUCCUUUGGCUUCCGCCAUCUGCUGUCUUUAACGGAUAAAGUCGAUAGCUUCAAUGAAGAAGUUAAAAAACAGAUGGUGUCCAGAAACAAAGAUGCUCCCGAAGGGGGCUUUGAUGCCAUCCUCCAGGCAGCUGUAUGCAAGGAGAAGAUUGGUUGGCGGAAGGAAGCUCUGCACUUGUUGGUGUUCACGUCAGAUGAUGUGCCGCACAUUGCCCUGGAUGGCAAACUGGGAGGCCUGGUGCAGCCACAUGAUGGGCAAUGCCAUCUGAAUGAGGCCAACGAAUAUACUGCGUCCAAGCAGAUGGACUAUCCAUCACUUGCCCUUCUUGGAGAGAAAUUGGCAGAAAACAACAUCCACCUGAUAUUUGCAGUGACAAAGAACCACUACAUGCUCUACAAGAAUUUUACAGCAUUAAUACCUGGAACUACUGUGGAGAUUCUACAUGCUGACUCCAGAAAUAUCAUCCAGUUGAUCGUUAAUGCAUACAAUAGUAUCAGAUCCAAAGUAGAGCUGUCUGUCUGGGACAAUCCUGAAGAUCUCGGGCUCUCCUUCACAGCCACCUGCCAAGAUGGUCUGUCCUAUCCAGGCCAGAGGAAAUGUGGAGACCUAAAAAUUGGUGAAACAGUAUCUUUUGAGGUGUCCGUGGAAGCCCGCAGUUGCCCUUCCCCAGACACCGUGCACACGUUCACGCUGAGACCCGUUGGAUUCCGGGAUGCCCUGGAGCUCGUGGUAACCUACAACUGCUCGUGCAACUGCGCCAGCAGGACUGAGCAAGACAGCCCCAGGUGCAGCGGGAACGGGACUUACACCUGUGGCACCUGCGAGUGCCACCCCAGCUAUCUGGGCUCCAAGUGCGAGUGUCAGGAGGGCGAGAACCGGGACCUCUACCAGAAUCUGUGCCGCGAGGCCGAGGGCAAGCCUCUGUGCAGCGGCCGGGGCGAAUGCAGCUGCAACCAGUGCUCCUGCUACGAGAGCGAAUUCGGGAAGAUCUACGGGCCCUUCUGCGAGUGCGACAACUUUUCCUGCGCCAGGAAUAAGGGGGUCCUCUGUUCAGGUCACGGGGAAUGCCACUGUGGGGAGUGCAAAUGCCAUGCUGGCUACAUCGGGGACAACUGUAACUGCUCAACAGAGACCGAGACAUGCCUCUCCAAUGACGGUCAGAUCUGCAGCGGACGAGGGUAUUGCUCGUGUGGGCGAUGCCAGUGCAUAAAGCCUGGGGCCUUUGGAGAGACCUGUGAGAAGUGCCCAACCUGUCCAGACGCCUGCAGCACAAAGAGAGAUUGUGUCGAGUGUAUGUUAUUUAACUCAGGGAGACUGGCUGACAACCAGACAUGCCAAAAACAUUGCAGAGAUGAAGUCAUCACUCAGGUGGAUUCGAUCAUGAAAGAUGACCAGGAAGCCGUCCUGUGUUUCUACAAAACUGCCAAGGACUGUGUCAUGAUGUUCACUUACUCUGAGCUGCCCAGUGGCAAGUCCAAGCUUAUGGUCCUCAAGGAGCCAGAGUGUGGGUCUGCACCCAGUGCUAUGACAAUCCUGUUGGCCGUGGUGGGUAGCAUUCUUCUUGUUGGCAUUGCCCUCCUUGCCAUCUGGAAGCUGCUUGUCACCAUACAUGACCGAAGAGAGUUUGCAAAGUUCCAGAGUGAACGUUCCAGGGCACGCUAUGAAAUGGCGUCCAACCCUCUCUACAGAAAGCCAAUAUCUACCCACACUGUGGAUUUCACCUUUAACAAACUCAACAAAUCCUACAAUGGCACCGUGGACUGAUGUCGUCGUUUUCUGAAGAGGGAUUGGGGGGAAUUUUUUUUUUUUGGAAAAAAUCUCCAUGCCUGGAAUGUUAUAGACAAGUGCUUGACUGUAUUACUGCUCCCUAAGUAGGAAAUGAUGAACAAUCCUUUAAAGUGGGCCUGGACCAGAAGACUUUUGUCUGGGUAGGAAGGGGUACCUGGUUAUGCCAUCCUUUGCACAGGCGGAGCCAGGCCAGACUUGCCACUGACCUUCCUGUGCCCAGAAGAGGUACAUGAAGGGGGGAGGAGGGGAAGGGAUAGAAGGUGCUAGAGCGCCUUGGCACCUCUUUUGCUUUUUCCUGUUUGCUAAGUGACCUGAACUUGAGAAAGAAUGGUCUGACUUGAAAGAAGGAAAUAGUACCUUCCAGUGCAGAAGGGAAGGUUGUUUGGACCCAAUUGUGUGUGAGUAUAGCCAACAAUGGAAUCAAGAAUUUGGGGUGGCUUAGAGUUGGUCAUUUUUAUAUUAAAAAAAUUACUGAGCAUUUAUGGUUUUGCCCUGAUGACUCCUCCCUUCCUGGUGACUGUGCAACCAACCGUUCCGGUGAUAAAAAUGCUUUGGUUCUUGGCUUCCACAAGAGAAUAGAAAUGGAACACUCAAACCCUCCUCUUUCCCCUCCACGUUUGGUACUUUGAUGAUGAAAAGGAGAGGAUAUUUCUCUCGGGAUUAAAUCUGAAAACCAAAAAAGAAACUGGAUUUGUGUGUCACUUUCUGAGAUGGGAUUGAAAGUCCUGAGAGAGAUUCAUGAGGGUAAUGCCUCGCUGGAGUCUCUGCACAGUCCAACACGCUCUGGUCUGCUCUGUGGCCUCCAUGCUCUUCUCUUAUGUGGGCUGGGUUAUGUUGCAAGCAAGACAGAAAUGGCAUCCGCCUUUUGCCCAUUGCUCGCUCCCUUCCUGGGAUUAAAUGCAGUUAAAACAC